ACCAACUGCAACGCGGUCACAGAUUCACGUGGCGUUACAAGCCAGAUAAAUGCCGCCUCUUCGAGAUUGACGCUAAAUCACCUCGGGCCUCAGUGAGUUGAGUAACUAUCACGUACUAGUACCGAUAUGACGGGUCACUGUCUUGUCAUUCUUACUGUCGGUGUUGUGUCACUAUUUUUCAGCGUUUGUGGACAAGUUAUAUCACGCGGUCCGUGUCCACCAGUUUUGCUACAACGCGACUUCAACGUUAAUAAUUACAUUGGUUCGUGGUACGAGAUUGAAAGAUUUCCAGCAUCGUUUGAAUCUAGUCUGAAAUGCAUUAAUGCAAAGUACUGGCUGAAACAAGAUGGCACUAUUUGGGUAAUCAACAAUGGGACAGACAUCGAGACCGGUGAACAAACUACGAUUGAAGGCUACGCCUGGGUUCCAGACCCAAACGUGCCUGCUAAGUUGAAAGUGAGAUUCCGAUGGUGGAUGCCUGCGGGCGACUAUUGGAUUAUGAGGACCGACUACGACACUUACUCUGUAUUGUACUCCUGUGAUGAUUUCAUAUUCGGAUUUUUCAAAAUGGAAUAUGCUUGGAUUCUAAGCCGUAAUCGCUCUUUGAAUACUGGUACCCUGACAGACAUCAAACGAGAUAUACAAGACCGUGGUGUUGAUAUCAGUCACUUCCUAUCCUCUGACCAGAUUGGUUGUGAUGCUAAAGAUAACACUUUGAAAUAUAAGCCCUUGGACGAGGAUCUGUCUGUCAUCAACACCUAGGAGCUCAGAGUUGCAAAUUUCAGUUAUUUCGCACUCGAAAGAGAUUCCUCGACUCCACAGAUGAGUUAGAACCCAUGUUCAAUCUGCCAUUUACGUUGGUUAUACUGAUUUCAGUGAUAUUUGUUAUUAUACACCGUGACACAGCGGCAAAAGUCUGGACGA